CCGCCAUAUACCGCCAUAUUGUUUGCGGCAAUCGUGCACGUAGCUGCUUCGUCUCGCACGCGAACUCGUGAGUUUUAUUUCUCUUCUUAGGUGAGUCCCACUGGGAAAGUUUGCAAACAUUUCGCGAAAAAGCAACAUGAAGAAGACCAAGGACGUGUCGGACGAGGACGAAUAUUCCGCGGAUGACCCGGAAGAAGUGGAAGGAGCUUCCGAAGAAGAGUGGACUCCUGAAGCCGGAGCCGAGAGCGGUGCUAAAAAGAGACCACAGAGGGAAGCUGCUAAAAAGCGGCAUCAUUCAGAAGAAGAAGAAGAUGAGGAGGAAGAGGAGGACGAAGAAGAAGAUGACGAGGAAGACGAGGAAUCUGAUUCUGACACAGGGAAAAAACCUAAAAGAAAAAGACGAUCUAAGAAAGAAGAAGAUGAAAAGGAGGACGAAGAUGAAGAAGAUUCUGAUGACAAUAGCUUUAAUGAAUCAUCGGGAGAAACACCAAAAGAUUUUACCUCUGGAGCAUUCGUUGUUGCAAAAGCCGACAUUGGUGGAAGUACGGAUCCAACAUUAUGGAGGAUAGAUGGCAAGGCAUUACUUCAAAAAUUUUUACCAUACAAAGAGGAUGGAAAGACAUUAUAUAAGAGUACAUCGACGUAUUCCGGAUGGUCAGUAAAUAACAAAGAUAAAUAUUUGGCUGCACAAGUUACUUUCAAAGUGCAAAGCAGAACAGAAACCAUUGUUGAACUACACUUGGAUCAGCAACAACAGGAAGUUGUAAAAGAAGAAAAAGAAGAUUAAAUAUAGAUCACAUGUUUGAUCGUAUUUGUUUAUAUACAUUUUAAAGUAUGCUAAGGAAGAAUACAUCUACAUUCACAGGUACACAUCAACAUUACACAGAUAUAUUACGCAAACACGUGGAUGCAGUUUACAAAAUAAUAUUCUAUCAGAUUCGUGUUUAAAAGUAAGAUUGAGUGGACCAUGGACCUCAGUUCUUUGCUAAGGAUAGCUGCAUGUAUAAUUGAUAACUCUGCAGAAUACUUGUACGUGUUUCAAUUAACAGUCAAGCUAUCCGAAAACGUGCAUCAUUGUUUGACUCCUUGAAAGGUAUGAUAUCCACUCAUAUACUGAGUUUUAUCAAUCCGACAGAACUUUGAAUGUUCUUAAUUCGCUACAUAUUACUUUAAGAAUACCAUUGUAUUACUUCCUUUGCAUUAGGGUAAUCUCCAUAUACAAACUUUCGCGUAGUUUUCAAUCGUUCAGUCAAUCAAAAAUCGUUCUGUUGUAUUUGAGAGAAUCCGAUGCCCGAUUAAAUGCGAACACUUUCAGUAACUACAUCAUGAAUUCCGAGUUAUAUUUAGUCGUUUAAAUACAGUACAGAUAUUAGAGAACAAAUCGCAGUGUCAGUUACCGUUGUGGUCUUGUGUUCCUAUCGUCGUGUAAAAUUAUUUGACAAAUCAUGCCUUUAAUUUUUGUAUUUAAAUAUCGAAGUUUUCGUAAAUAUAAAUAUUGUGUAUAACGAUCUUAUGUUAGUAGCAACAAUGUGAAUAAAAACAUUAAUUGUGCUGUCAUCAAUCAUUUUCGAUUUCGAUGUCAUGUUCGGUCUAGCUUUACCGAUGAAAAUUAUCAAUCACGUACAUAUAUAAAAAAAAAAGAAGUGAAAAUCAA